AUGGGGAAGCAGCCGGUGAAGUUGAAGGCGGUGAUUUACGCACUUUCGCCGUUUCAGCAGAAGGUGAUGACCGGGCUCUGGAAGGAUCUCCCGGAGAAGAUCCACCACAAAGUUACGGAGAAUUGGAUCAGCGCCACUCUCCUCGUCACUCCAGUCCUCGGAACCUACUGGUAUGCUCAGCAUUUCCAGGAACAGGAGAAAUUGGAGCACAGGUUCUGA